AAAGAAGCUAAGUCAUGUUUAGCUUCCUUUUUCUAUUUUUGGCAGAUUUUAAAUAAAACAUUGUCUCUGGAAAAUGAAGAACUUGGGGUCGAUGCAGAUAAAAAAAGUGUUUUCAAUGUAUCAAAAGUGUAACGGUGUCAACAUGUCAACACCCAGACUGGGCGUGGUCAGAGACUCCAUGUCGACUAAUCCACUGCUGAUCAAGGCAUCACUGGGUCAGACCAAGACCAGGGGCCUGUCACUUCCUGGUCCAGAGUACACCUUUGGAUCCAGUAGCUCACUGCAGGACGGGGGCGUGGCAGAGGUUCUGUCCGGCUGGAGGGUCCAGUUGAGACAUGAGAAUUCCGCCUCUCACCGACCGUCGCUCCCGGACUUCGUGUCUCUGAACCGAGAUGCAGCGAAGGCCGGUGUGGUCACCUGCAAGGAGCUGAAUCAGUACCGAGCCAAAGGGGGUGGGGCCAAGACCAAACAUCAUCCUCCCAAACAGCCAGCAGGUGGCGUCGUGGUUCCUGACAUCACGUUCGGAGUGACUACGAGGUCAAACAACAAUAGGGCGCCGUCUCCUCUAUCCGACCUCCUCGCCCACCAGUACGCUCGCCGCUGGGUGGAUGAACAGCUGAGCAGGAAUCAAACUAGCAGCCAGAAACAACAGCACAGGAUUAAACCAGGCUCAGAGACCAGGACCAGUCUACUGAGGAGGAGCAGAGCUCUGCCUGUCACACAACCGCUACUGAGACCAAAACGUUACGCUCAGGUUCCUCCCGCCCUGGAAACCUUCAGGGACCAGGAGACCCGGCUGAGAGCGCUAAGGACUCACGAGUCAGAGACAGGCGUCCAAGACGGGAGUCUAGGAUCUGGGGUCUGAACCAGAGUCUGUUUUACACUAAUAAACGUGGAUCAAUGUGUGUUUUUGUCUUUAUGAUCAAAUCUCAUUUUUUAUAAGAUGAAAAAUAAAGAAAUAAAAUAUAAUAAGAUGAAGAAAUAAAAUAUAAUAUAUAUAAUAUAUAACAAAAAAAAUUAACUUUCUGGUUUAAAUUAGAAUUAAUUAAUUAAUUGAAUUUUUUUUUCUGGUGGUAAAGUUCAGGUUUGGAUCGAUUUAAACUUUCCGAUACAUUGAAUAUAUGAUUUAUACUUCUAACUGUGUACCGAUGGAUACUGGCUGCAUACU